GUUCCGUGUCUGUGUUUGUAGUUUUGUUGAUAAUUGAAGUUGAUGAACGCAGUAAAAUGGCUGAGUCCAAAAUUUCAGUAGCUCAGGACGAGUUCAACUGUUCAGUCUGUCUGGAAACACUGAAGGAUCCAGUUGCUAUUCCAUGUGGACACAGUUUCUGUAUGGUGUGUAUUAAUAACUGCUGGGAUCAGGAGGAUGAUAAGGGAACAUACAGCUGUCCACAGUGUAGACAAACCUUCACUCCAAGACCUGUUGUGAGGAGAAACAUUAUUUUGACUGGAGUUGUGGAGAACCUAAGGAAGAGAAAAUCCCAAGUUCCACUUCCUUAUGGACCUGAAGAUGUGGAGUGUGAUUACUGUACAGAGAGAAAAUGCAAAGCAGUAAAAUCCUGUCUGGCGUGUUUGGCCUCUUUCUGUAAAACUCACAUUCAGCCUCAUUAUCAAAUUCCUGUUUAUAAGAAGCACAAGCUGGUUGAAGCCUCCAGACAAUUCCAGGAUCAGAUCUGCUCUCAGCAUGAUAAACUGCUGCAGGUUUACUGUCGUACUGAUCAGCAGUGUAUCUGCAUGUUGUGUAUGCUAGACAAUCAUAACGGACAUAUUACAAUAUCAGCUGCAGCAGAAAGAACUGAGAAACAGAAGCAGCUGCUGGAGAUCCAAAGAAAAUUCCAGGAGAAAAUCCAGAACAGAGAGAAGGAACUUUGUGAGCUGAUAAAUGCUGUGGAGUCUCACAAGUGUUCUGCACAGACAGCAGUGGAGAACAUUGAGAGGAUCUGUACUGAACUAAUCAACUCAAUUAACAGAAGAUGCUCUGAGCUAAAAGAUCUGAUCAGAGAUCGAGAGACAGCAGAAGUAAGUCGAUCUAAAAAAGUCCUGAAACAGGCAGAGCAGCAGAUUGUAGAGCUGAAGAGGAAAGAUGCUGAACUGGAACAGUUUUCACACACAGAGGAUCCCGUCCAUUUCCUCCAGAAUUUUCAGUCUCUCUCGGCUCCUGCUGGAUCUGCAGAAUCAGCCGCCAUCACAAUCAGUCCUUUCCUCUCAUUUGAUGAUGUUACAAAGUCUGUAUCUCAGCUGAGAGAGAAAGUAGAAGAAUUCUGGAAAGAGCAGUGUGAGAAGAUACCAGAUGGAGUGCAGAAAGUCUGGAUUAUUUCACCUCCUGAACCUGAAAUCAGAGAAGAUUUUCUACAAUAUGUUUGUCGGUUCACACUGGAUCCAAACACAGUAAAUAAAAACCUCCGUCUGUCUGAGGAGAACAAAGUGGUGACCUGGAGUGGAACAUUACAGUCGCACAAUAACAAAAAGACUGAAAUUCCCACAAUGCCGAGUUCCUCUAGAAUAGGAGUGUAUGUGGAUUAUGAAGCAGGAACUCUGUCCUUCUACAGCGUCUCUGAUACAAUGAAGCUCCUCCACAGAGUUCAGACCACGUUCACUCAGCUCCUCUACCCGGGGUUUUGCCUUUCUUCAGGAUCAAAAGUGAAACUGUCAGAUUGAACAAAUUAAAUGUAAAAUUUACAUGAAAGUGUAACAUUAAACUGUUUGAGUGAUUUUAGAAUCUGUGAGGCAGUGAUACAUUUAUGAAGAUUUUCUUUUUCAAUUUAUUAACCACCAUUUAUUCAGUGCUGUGAAAAAGUAUUUGCCCCUUUCCUGAUUUCUUCUUUUCUUAAAUAUUUAUCAUCUAAAUGGAUCCAGAUAUUAAAACUAAAUGAAAUAAAAGACAAACUGAAUAUUUAAAAACUUGAAAGAGAAAAUGUGUGUACAUUACAAAAUGGUAAAUGUGAUCAUUUUCACCUUAAACUUCUUUCUUCCCAAGUCUAUUAUAAGCAAAAUCUUAUUAUAAAAAUGAUAAUUUUCCUUUUGAACCACAGGUUGGUCAUUUCAGCAGUAGGGAGCGCUUAUGAGCAGUAAUAACUGAGAGAUGUUUGGUGUUUCUAGGCUGUUUAGUACAUUAAGCCACAUGAGGUGUUUUAGACUUUCCUGGAGAAGCUGAUUCUCACCUGAUUUCUCCUGAGCUGUAAAACACAAGUUUAAAAGUGAAACCAGCACAUGGUGAGGAAUAAUACAGCAGAACUUAGAGACGUGUGGAUGGUUUCAGAGGGGAUUUGAUUCUUUCACAGAAAUAAUUAUUUGUAUUGUGGUCUGUUCGUUCAGCUUUCAUCAGUUUAUCUCUGCUCAUUCAGCCUACAGCAGUUUAGAUCCACUUGUCCACCAAUUUGCCUCCACAGUGACCCUGUGUAGCGAGAGAGAUUUGAUUUUUAAAAUAACAUUUUAUUACAACAUGCAAAUAUACAAAUUAAAUUUAUAAUUUUAAAAUUGUACAGGAAACAAACAUAACAGUAACAUUAAAAAGUAAAAUGCAUAAUACUUUUCUACAGCACCAUGUUUUUACAUUAUUUAAUGUCAUGCAUCAGUUUAUAAAAACGAUAAUGUAUCAAUAUUUUACACUUAACCAGAGCAUAAAAUAAAACUAUUGCAUCAUG